GGUUUAGUUUUUCAUCAAACGAAUUCAGCUACUUCAUCUUGCUUGCCGGGCUGUUCUUGUACAAAUGACAGUUUUGGAAGGUCGUUGCUUUGUAUGGGAACCGCCUUGAGAAGACUUCCAGAAAACUUGCCCCAAGAUUUAAUAAAACUUCGAAUAGAAAAUUCACAACUAACUGAGAUACCGCGCGGAUCGUUCCAUGAAGUUAGUGCCUUAGAGUUCCUCUGGCUCAAUUUCAAUGACAUCACCGUCAUGAAUGUCAAGAGCCUAGAGGGUCUCAGCAAUCUGACAGAGCUAAGACUACAGGGAAACAAACUUCGGUCAGUACCAUGGACAGCAUUUCAAGAUACGCCUAGUUUGAAAAUUCUGGAUUUGAAACACAACAGGCUAGACGUUCUCCCUGAGUACGCGCUUAAACAUUUGCCGGGGCUGACCUACUUAGAUUUAUCGUUCAAUCAGCUUACUGUUAUAUCUAGGGAUGUAUUCCUGAACUGGCCUCUCUACCACACGCCAGACAAACAGGGGAAACGAGAGGACAACAGUGCUAUUGUUGUUGUCGCGCUGCACGACAACCCCUGGUUAUGCGAUUGCCGUUUAAAGGGUUUCGUAGAGUUUAUCAAAACCGUCAGCUCGCCGAUCAUUUUAAUGAACUCGUACCUAACCUGCUCAGGUCCCGAGUUAAGGGCAGGCAAGUUUUUCCACGAGAUUGAAUUAAAGACCUGCAUGAAACCGUUGGCCACUGCCCCAGAAACAAACCUCACACUACAAUUGGGCGUGAACGCCACACUCGUGUGCUCAGUUAAGGCCAGACCCAGCCCAACAGUUAGAUGGACAUACGGACUAAAGAUAAUAAGAGGAUUUACUGAGUCACACACUCAGGUGGAUGAGGAGACCGUUAGGUCACACCUGGUGAUCCCAUCGCUGCAGCUGGCAGACAGGGGAGUCUACACCUGCACCGCCAACAACUUCAUCGGAAACUCCUCCGCCAGCAUCCUGGUGAAUGUCAAGUCACUCAACACGUCAUCGCCACUCGCCCCCGCAUUUCCCUUGGCAUCGGCGGAGGAGAAUGUCUACAUUGACAUCCGCAUCGCUAAACAGACAGUCUACGGCAUCACCCUGGAGUGGUACGCGGUGACGGAGAACCCGGCCGAGACCUGGUACACCAUACAUUUCGGCAGAUAUGACGCCGCCAAGAAAGAGCUGAUCUACAUCGGGCCCGGGAUCAACAGCUACUCAGUCACGGACCUGCUGCCCGUCACCAAGUACGAGGUCUGCGUGACGCUGAAGAACCAGGCUCCCCGAAGCGGCCAGUGCAUCGUGUUCGUCACUGGCAGCGACAUCAGCGAGCUGGAGCAGCGGGAAAAGCUGAUCCACAUCAUCGUCAUCGUGUGCGCCAUGGUGCUGGCCGUGCCCGCCGGCAUGUACGCCUGCACCACCGAGACCAGGUUCAGCUGCUUCGACCGCUGCCUCGAGCUGUGCAGGAGGAGGAGGCGCAAGGACAAGACCCAGAAGCCCGGAGAGAGGCAGGGCACUUUCGACAGCCUGCAGGCCACCAGCGACGAGGGCCUGUGCAGGGACUCCAGCGAGGACAAGAGGACGAGGAGGAGAUCGGAUGACAAAACCCAGAAGGGCAGACCGACUGCCGAGCUUUAUUAA